AUGUCAAAGUGCAACUGCAACAUUAGGGGAAUCGGCCCCUUUAACCUGGCGGCCUGCGUUGUAAUAUUUUCGUUGUACAACAUGUUGAGUUCUACAGUGGAACUGUGCGCAGUAAUGAGGAAGAACGCUGUCCAGGGUGGCUCGGAUUCAGUCGCAGCCUUCAAUUUUUUCUCAUCGUCUUUCACCAUCAUCGCGGGCGCUUUGGGUGUCCUCUCAACCGUCACAAAGUCUCACCGAUUUGUGUUGGUAGUCCUAGUUGUGGCGAUUAUGACAAUGGUAUGCGACGCAGGGGAGCUGAUAGCCAAUGCAACAUCGGGGGCACCCAGCGUGUUUCAGUUCAUCAUGACGACCUUGCACUUCUUGCUCAACUCCGUGGCCAUGGUGGUAUUUCUGUCGUAUUAUCGCGUUUUAAAAAAGGGAGGAACGGGAAGAGAAAGAAUGUCGCCUGAUGAUUUCAACGGCUUCGAGGACGCCUCCACAGAUAGCGGAAACAACCCCUUAUCCAGUCCCAAAAUGGUUACAGAAGACACUCCAUUGAUGGCCUAA